AUUUCUAUGAAAACCAAGUAAGUUACAAUGAAAACUACUUGUUAUUUGUUUUUUAAUUAUUAUUUAUUUAUUUUGUCUUAUACAUUUUAUUUUAAAUGUUUAAUAAUUUUAUUUCAUAGUAAUUGAUAAUCUCUUUAAAGAUGAAAAGUUUAUGAUGUAAUGUUAUAAUCCAUCUAGAAAGAAAAAAAACUAAUUGUAUAGUAUUAUACUUUAAAUAAUUAUUAAGUAAUUACUUUCAGAUAUGACAUUAUUAACACAGUUGUGCGCUUACACUUUAAAAAAUUCUAAAUCUCUUGUGAACACUCUUACUAUUAAUCUAGCAUGUGUAAGAUAUGCAUCGAAGAAGGCUAGUAGUAGUACACGUAAUAAACCUUGUAAUGUAAGACCAAAACAUAGAGGAUGGCGAGUACAAGAUGGUGUUUUUGUAGAAGAAUCUACAAUAUUAGCUACACAACGUACACCUAGAUUUCAUCCAGGAUUAUAUGUUGGUUUUGGUAAAAAUGGUACAUUAUAUGCUUUAGAAAAAGGAAAAGUAAUUGUUACCUGUGAGCAAAUUGAUCCAAAUUUAGAUCAUUCUUGGGCUAGAACACAUUAUGCAGGCAGAGAAAACUCUGUUAUAUAUAAAAAACAUUUUAAUGUUAUUCCUGAACCACAACAUAACAGAUUUGUAUUAAUUGAUGCAAUUUAAAUAAAAUUUUGUUAGUGUAUUCAUAUUUUAAUUAUAAUAAAAAGCAUAAAUAUGUAAGAAAAAAAACAAAAUUGUUUCUUAAUCUAUUUUAUCAUACAUUAAUACUUAAAAAUAUAUUAAUACUUAUAAAUUCAAUACUUAAAAAUAUUUUAUAUUUGUUAACCCUUUGUACUCCGAAUUUUCAAUUUUUUUUUUUUUGGCAAUUUAACUGGCAAUUUAAAAAUGUUGAGUAUGACUCGACAUAAUUCCUGUGAUAAAAACUGAUGUUGACUCGACAAAAGAGUGCAAAGGAUUAAUCAUAUAUAUUAUUCAAAUAUUGUUAAAUAUUUUCAAGUACAGCACUUUCUGCCCACUGGAAUGAUUGGUAUUUUAUAUCUUGAUUUUCAGAAAAGAAAGCAUAUACUUGUGUCUUUCGGACAUGGCAAGCAAUUCGACACUGUGCUGAAAGU